AUGACAUCUUUUAGAAAUACAAACACAUUCAAAUCUAAAUUUUUAUCUCAAAACAAUGACUAUUCUACUUUUUUCAAUCAAGAAUCAAACACAUCCCGAUUUCAUAAAUUCCAAACAACCGAAAAACAAGCAAAUAAUCAUUUUUUAAGAAAUAAUAACAGGGCUACCUCCAAAGAAUUUUCCAACAGAGAAAAAACUCCUGAAGAAGAGAUUAUUAUCCGUUUAACUACUUUGCCAAAAUCAUUAUAUUCUUCUACAUCAUCACCUUCGUUUUUAGCGCAUACUCCAUCUAGUGAUAUGGAAAGACUCGAAAAAGCUUGCAAAUCCGCUAUAUCAUCUAAAAAGCAGCAGAAAUCGGAAUCGUUUUUACCAUUAUCUUAUACAUUAUAUAAUAAAUCCAAAUCUCCCGAAAAUAAAAGUAUUAGAAAUAUUUCACCUGGUAUUCAAACCUAUGAGGAUUUAGAAAAUUUUAAAGAAAGUAUAUCUAUAAAAUCACCGAACUCAUCUCAAUGCUUUGUCAAACUUUCAAAUAAUAUUUCGCCUAUUUAUCCUCCCUAUGAUCAUAUGGAAAACUAUAUACCACUACCUGAUCUUAUGCCAGAUUCAAGGGCAUCUACCUCUAGUUCUGAAGAAAGCGAAAUAAAACUUAUUCAUUCAACCCCAUUAUAUAAAACUAUAACAGAACAUCCAGAGCAUGCUGUUAAGAAAAAAGACUCACCAUAUAAUAUUCUAAAAGAAAUAGCACAAUAUAAUGAAAAUUCAGAGCAUGAAAUUUCACACGCAGAAUUAGAUAAAGAAUCUAGAAGCAUUUUUUGCGAAAAAACAAACAAUACAAAAAUAAAUAAUUCUUAUAAAAGGAAUAAUAUUCAUGAAAAUAUCCUAUAUUCUCCAGAAAAUAGAAAACUAUCCAAUAUUGCUGAUCUUACUAUGGAUAGAACUAUAAAACUUUUUGGACCAGGCGCAUGGAAAACUACACCACAGUCUCGGCCAUAUAUUGAAACAUUAUCAAAUUUACAUGCUUCUGAAAAGCAAAAUAAAUAUUCUGAUGUUUUAGAAACUCAAAAUGAAAAUCAUCAACGGCUUACAAAAAUGCUAUUACUUUUACAAAAAGAGCUGAAAAGUACAAUUAUUAACGUAGAAGAACUAGAACUUAAAAUACAAAAAUUUGAAGAAGAAUCUAAGAAUAAGGUCUCUAUUUCAAAAGAAGAUAUCUUAGAACUUCAACUUUUAUAUAAGAAUAAAAAAAUGAAAACCAAAAAACGUAUUUUGUAUUGUAUAAAGCACAUUUGUUUUGUAGUAUGUAUUAUACUUUUAACUGUAAAUAUUAUAAAAUGGGUACUACCUAUACCUAAAACUUACUCAGAACUACCAUUAUAUCAGACAUGGCCAACUUAA